GACACUCUGGGAGCGGACGGAGAUGCAGUAUUAUCGCGAUCGUGGGAUCUUGGCGCGACCCCUGCCUCCUGAGGGCCCGGAGAGAGACGCGUACUACGCAACGGAGCUCUUGGGCGUGCUCGGGUUCGUCUUUGCACGCAAUACGGAGGAAAGAAGGGAGUUGCUCGUCAAGGGGAUGCACCCCCAGCAACUGGAGCGGUGUGCAAACCGCUGGCCAUGGGGCGAAGUAGAAGACAAGAUUGUGAAGUUCUACCCUGAGUUUGGGCCCAGGCGAAGACCGAGAGAAUCGCGUAGUGGUGGAGAGGAUUGAAACGAUAAGGAAGGAUAGACUCGGAAAUUCUGCUUGGAUUUUUCUCGUUUUCAGUUUGACUCAAUUAUCUCUAGACCUGGGCUAUGGUUUGAUCUUGUCGUAACAGUUCACUCCGUCCCACUGUAGCGUUAGAAGUCCUUUCCAAAAGGGAGGGAUAUGUCGGAACAAGGCCUGUGCCUCAUUUUGUAAAAAGAAAAAGAAUCCUUUCAACAGGUUUUGCGUCUAUCGAAGAACACAGAAUAGAUGAAGAAAAUAAUUUAUUAGUUGU